CCUUGCAAGCGGUGGAAACUGUCUCGCCGGGGGCGAUUUGUAGUAAGGUAUAACGUAAGCUCCAGUGUAUAUGCUGAGCAACCUAGUUUCAAAGUCGACUUUUCGGUGCGAGUAUUAUUCCUUUUUAACUUAGAAGUGGAAAACUGACACCGUGUUAACUGGCAUGACGUCAGUGAAUCGUAACAGCUCUUAGAAGAUCAAAAAUUCGCUAUGGCAACAGUGAUUUUAUUGUCUUCAGUAUGUAUUGGAAUUGAUGUGGAUAUGCACGUCACGUUCGACGGCCGUUGUUGAAAACCAGAAUCGAGAAAUAUUUCCCAGCCGAAGCCGCUUUUUCCGGCCGCCAUGGCGACGAUCGUCAUGGAGAAGAUCGGCCGGCUGUUCAUCACGCUGCAGCAGCUGCGGCAGGCCCCUCGGCUGCUGUCCGGGGCGGCGCCCUCCAUGCCGGGCACCCUGAGGGACAGCGAGGUCCCGCGCUUCUUCCGCGAGCGUCACAUCCACUCCGGCUACCGGCCGCUCCACCAGCCCUGGCGCUACUACCUCCUGUCGCUGUUCCGCCGGCACAACGAGACGCUGAACGUGUGGACGCACCUCCUGGGGGCGCUGCUGGUGCUGGUGCUGACGGGCCGCCUGGCGGAGACGGUGGACUUCGCCGGGGACCCGCACGCCUGGCCUCUGCUGGUGCUGCUGCUGUCCUCGCUGGCCUACAUGAGCCUGAGCGCCACGGCGCACCUGCUGGCCGGGAGGUCCGAGUUCUGCCACUUCGCCUUCUUCUUCCUGGACUACGUGGGCGUGGCGCAGUACCAGUACGGCAGCGCGGCCGCGCACUUCUACUACGCCGCCGAGGAGGACUGGCUCCGGCGGGUCGGGCCGGUGUUCAUGCCCGCCGCCGCCCUGCUGUGCUGCCUCUCCUGCCUGGGCUGCUGCUACGGAAAGUACCGGAACCACAGCCUGCCGCCCUGGGUGCGGAAGGUGGGGCAGGUGGUGCCCUCGUCUCUGGCCUACGCCUGGGACACCAGCCCGGUGUUCCACCGCGCGCUGACCCGCGCCUGGUGGGCCGACCCCGCCCUGACCUUUCACCUGGGCCAGGUGGGCUUCUUCCUGUCCAGUGCCUUCUUCUUCACCCAGCCGCUGCCCGAGCGCUGCCUGCCCGGCCGCUGCGACUUCGUGGGGCAGGGCCACCAGCUGUUCCACGCCCUGCUCGUCCUGUGCACCCUCUGCCAGAUCCACGCCUCCCACCUGGACUACGCGAGCCGCCGCCCGCUCUACGCCCGUCUCCACGGCGACGGCGAGGCCCGCUUCGUCCUCGGGCUGUACGUCGCCACGGCGAUCGCCUGCGCGCUCAUUGCCGGGUUCAUGGCGGGGAGGGUGCGCCGUCUGCUGGAGCGCAGAGACCGGUCCAAAUGAGCGGCGGUUCCGCUCCGGGUUGCCGUGGCCCUGUUUUGGCUCUCCAACUGCACUCGUGGAUUCUGGGCCUGUGUACUUAGCACCAAUCCGGAGGCUGUGACUGUAAGAAUUUAUAUUGUUUCACAUUAAGGCCCAAUCAUGCGUAUGGCAGUGCAAUCAUUCCCUCAAGUACUGAAACCACACCAUGACUAUUGAAGACAGUCAUGCAUUUGGAUCGCCAGUGGAGAAUGUAGUAACUUUACUUACCAGUAGGUGGAUGGGACUGGAGUAAGUUGCUGAGCUGACUAGUGGUUAGUGGUUGACUAGUGGUUAACUGACUAGUGACGCUCACCUCUGACCAGUCCUCUUACUAAAAAAGCCAUGCAGUGCAUAAUGGAUAAAUUAAUGUUUAUCCUAACGUACAUUUUCCUGUACUUUAAUAUAUUCCAGUAUCAUGAAAUGGUGUGAUUUUGCAUUCCAAAAGAAUUGGGAUGAAUAUAAAACAUAAUGGAUAAAAUAGUUAAAAACAUAUAUAAAUGAGUAUUUUCAAUAUUUAAGUAUUUUUGUAAAUAAAGAUGCUAAUUCUAUUCGUGGUAUUGAGAAACCACAGGUUUAAAAUUGAGCUGUGUGAAACGUUGGAGGUUUAAAUAUGUCUCUGAUGUGCCUUUGGUGCGAUUUACUAAACCGCUGUCAGCCUUUCAAAUCAAACCUUCACAGGAAAAAAUGACUACCGACAUUUGAUGGUGUUUAAUUCUAUACCGUGUCUGUUCUUUGUGCUCCGUGGAUAUUUCCUGGCGGUAUAGCAAUUUAUUUCUGGAUAUUUUGACGAUACAGGGCACUGUAAUACAUUUUUAUUUACAAAAAAUGUAUUAUUUAUAAACUCAGUUUUGUUUGGUGCCCAUAUCACCAAAUCCAAUCUCUCUCUUUCUUGUCACUACUCUAGUGGUGUAAAGAACUGUCAUUCUAUUUUCUGAAGCACUUUUUAAACAGUUGUUGGAGGGUGCGAUAUCCCCAGUGAAAGAUCAAAUUAACCGCCAUCAUUUCCUGACAUAUAGUCAGCCCGGACUCAGAAUGUAUCAGCAUUAAUUAUGCUGCAAUCACGAGUUCCUGGACACGACUAUGUGAUUUUUGUUGUGUUGAUGUUAAUAUACCAGCGAUGUAUCUUUGCUACUGUAUAUCAUUGUUCCGUUAAUGUGCCUGUACAUUCCAGAUGGUGCUUGCUGGAUGAAUGUAGUGGAGUUAGCAGCCUUAAAACAAACCCGUUUUUCCCCCACCUCGGCAGAGCUAGUGUUAUUAGUUACAUUAUGUCGGCCCUGUAUUUUUCUUAGUUUUUAUUUUUUGCAACAUGCGAUAGCUCUUUGACAGGAGUGCACAGACGCAAGCUCUCAUUGGCUGCCUGUCUGAGAUCGCCAUGGUGACCCACUAAUUAAACUGGGGUUCAGUCAGGGUGUUGUGACGAAGGCGUGAGCAGGCGCUAGCUCCUAACAGCCUCCCUCUCCCUUUCCCUGGCCCUCGGCCAGGAUAGCACAAAGCCCGCUGGCUGGGAAAACUCCCUCAAUCUCCCCGAGAUUUAAUGCUUUUGUUUGAUUAACUCGUAUGGUGGACGUCAGCAUUAAUCACUCAAUAAACUAAUAACCCGGUUGGGUGCCGUGGCAACAGGGCCGUUUUUGCCUCAGGAGUGCGUUGCAGUCAGAUGAUAAUUGUGCCGGAGGGGGAAAGGGGGACGUCAUACACAUCUCCUCUAGUGCUGUACGUGCUGUAUGUUGGCUCCAGUCUCUGCACUAAAUACUUUAACCAGCAAUUGAACUAGUUUUGGCGUUUUGUAUUAGCUGAUACUUUCCUCUGGAACAUUCCAAAUGGUCUGUACUCUGUAAUGUUUUACUGUCGUGCAUUUUGGGAAAUGCAUCAGUGUGUGAAUGUCUACUGUAUGUCUAUUUGUCCAGAGAGAAAGUACGGCAGAGAAAUUGGUUCAUACAUAAAUCAGCAUAUACACCUGCCUUCCAGAAAUAGGACUUACCUAGUGUUAAAAGACAUUAAAACCCAGUUAAAAGCUA